CUUGAAAUGUUCUAGCAUAUAAUUGCGAUAUUUUCUUUCGAUAUCGAAAAGUGUUCCAUUAGAGGUUCUUUUGAUAUUUGGGAAUGAAGAUUCUGAAAAACACUUGUGCUCGCUGAAGGUAGUACGAGUACAUAUAUAGCUCACAUAUAUAGCUUAGGACCAGAGUCUCUAGAAUUGGGAAAGCGGACCCAAGUGAACACUUUCAGAAUGCUACUUCUCAUUGCGUUGUGUUCAUUGCUGGCUUUCCAAGUUGUUGGAGCGGACUAUGAUUGCUCUUUGGGCUAUAGAAAAUUCAAAGGCAAAUGUUAUGAUUGUCCUUACAACAACUUAGAAUGCAACCGACCCUCCGAAUCUGUGAUCUAUAAAAAUGGCGUGAUUUAUACUGUUGAUAAAACCGAUCCUUAUUGGCACAUGUAUCCAAAAGAGGCUAUGGUUGUCGCUAAAGGUAAGAUUACAUUCGUUGGGUCAAACGUGGAGGCUAUGAAGCAUAACAAGCCAAAAAAAUCUCGUAUCGUUGAUCUGAAAUGGAAGACGAUCCUGCCAGGGUUUCAUGAUCCCCAUAUGCACCCCCUUGAGGCCAACCAUAAGGCCGCUGGAACUUGCGAAUUGCAACGGGAUACCAAGCCUGAGGACCAAUUGCAUGUGUUUGAAGAGGGUUGUUUUCACAAUCAAAAGGGCACAAAUUGGACAUUAGGUUGGGGACAUUCUGUUUAUACGUUGCUCGAAUACGUGGCUGAUAAUCCGGGCAAAAACCCCAAGGAUCUUUUGGACCCCUUAAUCGUAGACGAUCUAGGAAAUGCUAUCCCUGCCGUCAUGAUGGAGUUCACGUCGCAUUCCGUUUGGGUCAACUCCAAAGCUUUGGAAUUGGCUGGCGUGACCAAAGAUACCAAGAACGAAAAUGGAAAUAUCUACAUGAAAAACCCGAACACCGGAGAACCAAAUGGGAUUGUUCUUGAAAAUGCUGGCAUUGAAAUGUUUGAAAAGGCCCUGGAUCCAAAAAUGUAUCCGAAUUUGCGACAAAUGAACUAUGAUGCUGCUCUGGCUUCACUUUUCGUUUUGGCCAAACAUGGAAUCACAUCAGCCGUGGAUGCCAGAAACUAUUGGAAACGAGAGCACGACAAGGCCUGGGAAAAAGUGGAGGCCGAGGGUAAACUCACCGCCAAGAUGAUCUUGAGUAUGUGGGCCUAUCCAGCCAUGAAUGACACGGAGCAGAUUGCCAAGCUCAAAAGCUUCUUCCAACGGAACCCAGCCAAGCGGCUGAAAAAGUCUCAAAUCAAAGUCUACAUGGACGGCAUCCUUCCCACUAGAACAGCCAAAGUUUUGGAGCCAUAUGUGAGGAAAGAUCCCGAUCUCCAAAUUGGAGAUCACGGCAUGAACUAUUUCACAGAGAAUCGCUUAUUUGAGUACUUGUCUCAACUGCAAAAUUUGAACGGAGGCGAGGGAUACGAUUUCAUCAUCCAUCAAGUGGGAGAUGGUGCUGGGCGAGAGGCUCUCAAUGCUAUUGAAGAUGCCAAACCUGAUGCCACCGUUGAAACCCGCCACAAGUUGACCCAUGUCGAGCUUUUGAAUACGAAAGACAUUCCACGGUUCAAGACUUUGGGAGUCAUUGCUGAUGGACAAGUUGCCGGGACUUUCACUAUGCCAGGUUCACCCGGUCACAAGGAACUAGAAAGCUUUGUGGGUAAGGCCAAGGCUCAUGACACGAUUCCAUUAAAGAGUUUGGUGGAUUCCGGAGCCAAAGUCACCAUGAGUAGCGAUUACGACGUCUCAGAUGUGAACCCAUUUAACGGUUUGGCCAAUGCCCUCCAACGAUCCGAUCAAUCCAUUGACUUAAAGACUGCUGUUGAGUUGUACACGAUCAAUGGGGCCUUUUCCAUGAGGCAAGAAGAUAGAACGGGAUCCUUGGAAGUAGGAAAGGAUGCAGAUUUCGUCGUCGUGGACAAGGACAUCUUCAAUUUGGAGUAUCAAGGACGUUACAACGAAAUCAGAAAAACUAAAGUUCUGCUCACAGUUUUGGAAGGAGAGGACAUUUGGAAAACGAAUCAAAAGCUUUAAACGAUCGAACAAGAAUCACGAUAUUCCUUUUUUUGUCUGAACGUAUCCACGUAAAAUGAUGGGGCCAUUCAUUAUCAAAGAAGCAAAAAAUGUGUUACAUGAAACGCUGGCUUAUUUCAAAAUGCAAAUAGACAAGGCUAUCAAUAAAGAUCAAUGACGUAA